UCGUAAUGUUUACUGUCCAUAGUUAAAUAUGGACGAAAACGAACCUCUCAUUAAUAGAUCUGAUGAUAAAACUAUUAUAAUAUACACCCGACGAUGGUGGGUUUUAGCAAUAUUUUCAUUGAAUUGUUUUAUGCAAGCCAUCAUCUGGAACACAUGGGGACCCAUUGCACAGUCAGCAAAAGAAGUAUUCGGUUGGGAUGACGGACAACUUGGGAUGCUUCCUAACUGGGGAAACAUUGGAUUUAUAGCUACUGUAAUUUUUGCCAGUUAUCUCAUGGACGAAAAAGGUUUAAGAAUAUCGUGUGUAGUUUGCUCAGGAUUGAUAUCAGCGGGAGCAGGAUUAAGAUGCAUAACGAGCAUUCCGAAAUACGCUACAUGGUUAAUCAACACUUCAGCCAUAUUGAAUGGUAUUGCUGGAACGGUUUUCUUUGCUGGACCGGCGUUGAUAGCAUCUGUGUGGUUUCCACUUGAUCAGAGAGCAACAGCGACAGCGAUUGGCUCAUUCUUCAAUUAUGCUGGAGUUGCUGUCGGGUUUGUUAUUGAUUUAAUAGGCCCUCAGUUAGUGUCUGCUCCAAAAUAUAACCACUCUGUUGCUACCGUACCGAGUAAAAGUAACGAUUUAACAACUGACACUUCUGUAACAACUGCUUCAUACGACAACCACACGGCACUUUUGAAUUAUUCACAGUUACAGAAUGAGACAAUGUGGCUGAUGUAUUACGAGUGUAUGGCUGCAGGUGCCCUUUUUAUAGCUGGUUUGAUAUACUUCCCUGAUAAACCACCAACCCCUCCAAGUUAUACUGCUUCAGUCAAGAGGAUUGAAUAUACAAAUGCUUUAGGCAAAAUUAUAAGGAGUGGUCCAGUAUGGUUAAUCUCACUAGCUUACGCUUUACCUGCUGGUGUUUAUGGUGUUUGGGGUUCAGUAUUAGAUGUUAUUCUUAAUCCAGUUGGUGUUAGCCAGGCAAACGUAGGAUGGAUUGGUUUCUUUGCUACAAUGGCUGGAUGCUUUGGAAGUUUAGUUAUUGCAAGGUUUGCUGAUCUAUUUAUGAAACACAUGAAGUUAUUUUUAGUUUGUUUAUAUAUAUGUGGUGGAGGAUCCUAUGUUUGGUUCACUUUGAUCUGUACAAAGAUAAUUCCGUACUCCUUAGUUCAGAUUUAUAUAUCUUGUAUAAUUGGCUGUAUAUUUCUUAAUGGAGGAAUACCAUUAUUUUACGAACUAUCUUGUGAAGUAUCGUAUCCCAUAGCAGAAGGAAUAACGGGAGCUUUUCUUACCCUACUUAAUAACUCAUUUGGUGUUAUGUUUUUGUUAGCACUACAGAUUCCAAAUAUAGGAACAUCUUGGAUGAAUUGGACAUUGUUAGGUAGUAUAGCUGUUGGACUGUUAUUUAUGUUUGCCUUUCCUGAAUCAUAUGGUAGAACUGACUUAGAUAUGGAAAUAGAUAUUCCAGCUCCAACUGAAGAGGAAAAGUCUAUUGUUUUUAUACCAAACGGUUCAAAUAAAAUCAUAGUGAAUGACGACAUUUUAACAACUACUCAUGAUAUAUCAUCAACAUGACGUCAACAACCGAUAUUAUCAUCCUAAUUUAUUACU